CUGAGAGGUCCUUCCUUCUUUUUCCUCUGGUCUGCGUCAGGAGGUGAGAUAUAGCUUUAGAUUUCAUCUCUUAUUCUCUCUCUCUCUCCAUUUUUUUUUUCUGGAUCCACAAGCAAACUCCUAGAUCUCAAUCGCCACCCAUCCCCUCCAUCUUAAAUUCUCUCGGAUUUUGAUCGCCUUCUUGUCUCCCACAAUUCGCCACUACAAGUUUUAUUUGUAUAACUAUAAACCAUGUGGAGGUUCAAGCCUUUCAUGCACAAAGAACCGUCUGGUCUUGAAGGUCGCUCAAUUGAUGUUGGCAAUAUUAAGAUUCAUGUUAGAAACGUCAUUGCUGAAGGAGGAUUCUCUUGUGUGUACUUAGCCAAGGAUGCUGUACACCUUUCAAAACAGUAUGCUUUAAAGCACAUUAUAUGCAAUGAUGAGGAAUCACUUGAAUUGGUGUUGAAGGAGGUUUCUGUAAUGAAAUCGCUCCGUGGCCACCCCAAUGUUGUUACGCUUUAUGCCCAUACUAUCAUAGAUAUGGGACGCACGAAGGAAGCUCUACUUGUGAUGGAAUUUUGUGAGAAGUCUUUGGUUAAUGUCCUGGAGAGUAGAGGAGCUGGGUACUUUGAUGAAAAGCAAGUUCUCUUAAUUUUCAGAGACGUGUGCAAUGCAGUAUUUGCCAUGCAUUGCCAUUCCCCACCAAUUGCUCACAGAGAUUUGAAAGCUGAAAAUGUUUUGUUAGGCUCAGAUGGCCUCUGGAAAUUGUGUGAUUUUGGAAGCACUUCUACAAAUCACAAGCGCUUUGAGAAGCCCGAGGAGAUGGGCAUUGAAGAAGAUAAUAUCAGGAAGUACACUACACCUGCCUAUAGGGCCCCUGAGAUGUGGGAUCUAUUCCGUAGAGAACUUAUAAAUGAGAAAGUUGACAUAUGGGCUCUUGGGUGUCUUCUCUUCCGUAUAUGUUACUUCAAAAGCGCUUUUGAUGGAGAGUCAAAACUUCAAAUUUUAAAUGGGAAUUAUCGAAUUCCAGAGUUACCUAAAUAUAGCCCAUCCAUUACAGACCUAAUCAGAGAUAUGCUCCAAGGAUCCCCAAAUGACAGACCAGACAUCACGCAGGUCUGGUUUCGUGUUAAUGGGCUACUACCUGUUGAUUCACAGAAAUCAUUACCUGAUCAGCCACCUGACAUGCCCCCUACAGACAAACUGGAAGCAGGCAUUAUUUCAAAUACCAUGAACAAGUCACCUCCGAUGCCUCGUCGAAGUCCACCCCCACCUCCAUCAGUUAAAAGUUCAUCACAAGCAGCACAUGUAUCUAAGGCAGCAGGGGCAGGUGGAGGUGGAGGGCCGGUGGGUGCCUUCUGGUCUACUCAACAUGCCAAUGACACCACCAUCAUAGAGGAUGCAACCAAAAUUAGGUUUGAUGAAGAAUCGACUUCUCGUAGUGCAUCUAAAGCCGAUAAGGUUAAUCCAAAUAAUCAUUCUACGCGUAAGAAUGCCAGUCCUGGGGAUAUAAACCAAAAGUCAAACAAGACAGAUAGUGGUUCAUUCAGAGAUUUCGAAUUAUCAUUUUUCCAGAACGAAACGGAGCGUGGUUCUGAAGAGUCCAAAGGAUCAAAAAUUGAGAGUUCUGCUUUCCAGGACAAAGCUUUUAACAAUUUUGUUGCUGAGUUUGGUACCGCCAAUUUCAGUUCUGAUGUCACUAACAACAGAUCAGGAAAGGAAGUAGCUUUAGAGGCUGAGGUGGAGAAGUUGAAGGAACAACUGAAGCAAGCAAAUGUGGAGAAAACUGAAAUCACAUCCAAAUUUGAAAAGCUGUCUGCUAUCUGCCGUUCUCAGAGGCAAGAGAUACAGGAGCUCAAGCAAGCACUUGCUGCUAGGAGUCCAUCACCAAACAAAGUUGAAAUGAAAAACCAUAACUCCCGGGACGUUCCGCCUUCCACUAUGCCGCGGCUACAAAAGACCGAUGUGAACGCUCAAAGCCCAGAUGCAAAGCAAUGGCAGGCAUUUGCAGAAGAAUCCCCGAACCAGCAGCCUGUUAAUCCGGAAAAGGGUGUAAAAUCUAUGAGGACCAGAAGCCUCCAGAGAAAGCAGGCUGCUCCAGAAGACACUGGUUUCGAAAGUUGGGGCUUCGGAGCGGAAAGUUUCACAUCUGUUUCUGCUGGAAGCUCCAACGCAUCAGGAUUAGCUGGUGAAAGGAGUAGCUCACAACAACGUAUUGGUGAACCCAGAAACACUGACAUAUCUUCUCAACCUGCUGGAUGGGCUGGUUUCUAGUUCCGGCCAUGGUAGGGAGCUGAAGGUGAUCUUUGAAUGCAGUUUCUUGUUUCCUCGCGAUACUUUUCGAGGAAAUGAUGCUUGCAAGAGUACAAAUUUGUGGUCGGCUUGAAAGAUAAGUACUACUGAUAGGGACAUUUUCAUUUGAAUCCAAUAUAUAUAUAUGUGUGUGUAUUUGUGGUUGUGGUUUAUAAGAUCAAGUGAUAUGGGGGAACUUCUGGAUGUGUUGCUUGUUUUGGUCUAAUAUAAUAAGUUACCAUUUGCACCAA